ACCAAAAUUGUUUGGAACUAUGCAACCGAUUGACCAGUGGAGCUGGAGUAAUCAAUAUUUCUUCGCAAAUAACUAAUUGACAAAUAUUACAAUCGAUGGGCAUUUCUUGAUAGACUUACCGUGAUCGUCGAAUACUUUUUGGCGUAUUUGGAAACUCUGAAGUGUUAUUGCUACCUUGACUGUUUGUUAUAAAAGCAAAAACUGUUUGCGUGGUGUUGUUCUGAAGUUGAAUUUAGCUAAAAUUGGCAAAUAACUGCCGAUAUUGUUCAACGUUGCUUAAAAAUGGGCGAAAAUACGUUUAUAGAGCCUAACUUUCAAAUCGAGCUCUCCAUUUUGUUUUUGGGCGAAACUACCUGCGGGAAGUCGUCGCUGAUUCGGGCGUUUUUGGGGGAGAGUUUUAUGUUUAAAUUGUCCCCCAGCGCCGGAGUGGAUACCAGACAUCGAAUUAUCAAACUAGCAGAAGACAGUCUAGUUGUCAAGAUGAAGUUCCUGGAUGCGGGUUGCCGGACCACUUUCGAGACGGUUGUUAACUCCUAUUACCGAGAGGCUGACUGUUACGUAAUUGUGUUCGACUUGCAAAAACGAGACACGUUCGAAAAAGUGCAAAAUUGGCUUGACUCAAUCGUCGACAAAGGCGGUGACAUGAGCCGAAAACUUUUUGUCAUAAUCGGAAACAAAAUGGACCUCAAAAGCCGAGUUCCUCUCUCGGAAAUCGAAAAAUUCUGCGACGACAGUGCACAGAAACCACUGAUGUUUUUGACGUCGUGCAAGAGCGGAGAAAAUGUUGAGGACGCUUUUCAUGACAUCGCCGAGGAGUGUAUUCGGAGAGGCCUUGGCCGAGACGCGAACAACGUUCGGAAAAGUACAUUGGAUAUUAGGUCAGAGCCAGACCCGAAUCAGAAAGUGACCUUGAACAGUUCUUCCGGUGGCUGUGGAUGCUGAACACAAUCUAAACGAUUACGAGCGUUUACAAAAACUAAAUUAGAAAUAUAUUUACUGCAACUGAUUUUUUUUUAGUUUCUCAAAAAAAAAUGUUCAAUGCCUAAUUGACGUUUUUGAACUGUCAAUGAAAGAAGUGAACACACUUAUUUCGUUAUUGUUGUGCUUUUUUCAGGAAAAAGACUUAAUAAUUGUUCAUGUUCAAAUUUGGUUUGUGCGGUUUGGUUUUUACUUUUAUUUAUU